AUGGCUUGGAGAGGAUGGAGCUGGCUGGGCAGAGGAUGGAGCACUGAUUGGAACAGUAUCGUCGGGAUCAUUGUAAAAGACAAUAUCCUUGGCGUCCUUAAGAGUACCGUCCACAUUGAGAGCACACUCUUUAUUGGACAGCAGGAGGUGCGGGAUGCGAGCCUCCGGACAGAAUUCAAAGUCAAUACAAAUCUCAAGGAUCCCAGAAGUCAAAGUGACCAUGGGGAAUUCAAAGUCGGUGCAAAUCUCGAGGAUCCAGAAGUCAAAAUGACCAUAAGUGUGUGCCUCACCAAUGUCGCAAGGAAGCUUCGGUUCGCGGUUCGGAACGGUUCGGGAAAGUCCGAACCGAUGUCCGAACCGUCCGAGAGACAGCGGACCGCGAACCUCAUUCCGGUUCGGUCCGCGCAAAAUGCAGAACCAUGGACCGAACCAAGGACGAACCUGACCAUUGGUCAGCAACUACGUCCCGGAGUCCCUCCUCUUCUCACGUUUGUUGGUAUGACAAACUUUUCAAUACGUUCUGUCAUCAACGUGAUCGACCACGGCUUUUCCGACGUGCGGCUUGUGCGCAUCGACGAGAGUCUCUGUAGUAUCAUCCGCUUAGAUGAUGGAUCGAUAGAGACCGAGCAGUGGUCAUAUCGAAGGAUCAAGUACCGCACGGCGGUGUGGUUGGAGUCCCUCGGAUGCGAAGAUGCAAUACGGCAUCUGGCCCGGGUAUGA